UUUGACAGCCGUGUUGGAGACUCCGAGGCUCUGAUUGGUUAUUUUCAGUCGGCUAUGGAAGAUUCUUGCAAAUGCCAUUGGCAGCAGUAAGGAGGCAAAGGAACAUGAUCUUUUAACAUAUUCUGUUGUGUUGAAAAAAAAGUGUGAAAACAAAAAGUUAUUUUCAUAAAGGUUACCAAAUGUAGCUUUAAGAAUGUCCUGAAUGCUAACGACCUUUUCACUAUUUUAUAUUUUAAUAGAAUUAUACACAUUCCUGUUUAACCCUUAUACCCCCCACAGGUACUACCACUACCUGUUCUCCCACUACCUGCCCCAGUCUCUGCGGACUCUGGUGGAUCGCACCUCCAACUGUGAGGACAUCCUGAUGAACUUCCUGGUUUCUGCUGUAACCCACCUGCCGCCAAUCAAAGUGGCUCAAAGGAAGCAGUACAAAGAGUUGCCCAAUCCACAGGGUACAAAGAGUGUCCCCUGGGCCAACCCGGAGCACUUCAACCAGCGGCAGGAGUGUGUCAACACCUUCGCCAACUGGUUUGGCUACAUGCCCCUGGUCCACUCUCAGUUUCGCCUGGACCCCGUGCUCUUCAAAGAUCAAGUGUCUGUCCUCCGCAAGAAAUAUAAAGACCUGGAGAGAGCGUGAAAGUGACGGACAAAAUGGGCUUGAAAGCAUUGAGGUCUGGUUUAGUGGCCUUUUGGACAGGCAAAUGGACCAAUCAGUGGUGGACAGUCGUGAUGGGAUACUCACAGCUGUCUGGGAUGUGUUAAAAGUGGCAGCGUGGUCCAUUUGUGACAUGGACAAUCAUCAGACAGACCCUGGUGGACUGUUCUGGACUAUAUACAUAUAAAUAAAAAGAGAAAAUGGCCUAUAGAAGUUUAAAAGGAGCUUUGAAAUGAUUCUCCCUUCUCCACGAGUCUGGUAAGACAGCAAAGGAAGAAAUUUCAGGGGCCUUGAAAGGGUCCUUGAUAUCAGGCCUUUCACUGAGAAAGGACAAUCUCGAUUGGACGGCAAAAAAAAUGAGCAUGUGUGAACACUUCAGAUGUCAGUGCUAUUGCUGUGAAAACGGGAAAGAAAUGGCCAUCUCAUGCCAGAAGGAACUGGUAUCGGUGCCAUGCACUCCAGCUGUCAAUGUGUGUCUCAGCGUUACUGUGCAGGGACUGUCGCCAUGGAAACAGAUCAUUUCACAUCAAAAUGCUAACUGUUAAACCAAUAAAAUGAUUUAUAAAUGCAAA